GGUGGAAUGACGCUUUUUGCAUCCUUCAACCUGUCAACGCGCCGCCAUGUGGACGUCCGCGUCGGACCAAAGCCGGUUUGUGCACUUGGAGUGCAGCGCACCUCUCUUCCAAGACUCGUACAAGCGGAACAACAAGAGCUCCGGGAACAAGCACUUGAGGUGCUUUCCGCACUGCUGCAAGGCCCACAACGCGUCUGGGUACUGUGGAAGUACGUUGCAAGUGCUCACGGCGGUGGAGCAUGCAGACAUGAUGCUCUUUGCCAAGUUCGACUUGGAACAAGCCGCGGACGACAUUCAAGUCAGCAGUGUCGUGCACGUGUCGGAAUUUGAAAAGUCCCCGUAUCUCCGCGGCCGACGACUCCCCGACCCUUCGCCUGGUCAUGUGUACGAGAUCAAUUCCAGGCGAAAUUCGUGGCAUUACGGCUGGGUUAGCUCUCGCUUUGUCAAGAGCACCGUAAAGCACCACCUCAAGGUCUACAUAUUGGUCCCAGUAGACACGAACGGCAACAUGCUGUGCGUAGACGUGCUCAUGUCCAAGAGCUUUUUCAUUGAAUCCACUCGCACAGGGACCAAGUUGCAGGCAAAGUUGCUAAAGCUAGCAGCAACGCAAGCAGCAACUCCACCCACAGCCCCGUCAUCAAGCAAACCCAUUCGGACACGGCCGCAUCUGGUGCUAGAAGACCCCGCGACGCUGGACCCCCCGAUGAAUCGGAUGUUCCCAAGGAAAAAUCCCAUAUUGGACAUGCAAUCCUCCUUCCUGCCUCCCGCACCGCUUCGUAAGGAUUCUUCCCCUUUGACGAUCGACAUCAUGCCAUCGUACCACGUCAUGCCCUUGCCAACACAAGCAACGUCGUGUUCCCACUCGCCAACAACGAUCCCAUCAGUGCCGUUUCCAUGGGUCCCCCCCCAAUCUUGCUCUCUUUUUGGGCACCCCCCCGUAAUCGACCAGCAUGUCCUCGGGAACGAUUCGUUCCUGGAUAGCCUCAUCAGCGGCAUGCAAGAAGAGGACGGCGACGAAGAUCUGUGGACGUCUCCGUUAACAUGUUGACGUGUGAAACUGGCGUCGUGUUGGAGCAACUUGCUUAGCAACGCACUUGACUGAUUCACAUUUCCAACCUACAGUACCUACUUACAGGUUUU